UCCUUGCGUUCAACCAAUGCGCUCAAUUAACUUAGCUCUCUGUGGUGCAGCUACCGAAAAGCCAAAAUGGCCCUCAGUAACAGCCGAAGUGCAGGUCCCUCAACUAAUGCUAUGGUUGGAACUGUUUUUCUCAUCGUCGUGUCUGCCUUUGCAGUCGCUUCAUCCGAGAACACAAAAACGGUGGAAUUCAACGUAAAACCUGGGGGAGUUGUACACACUUUCUCCGAGAAAAUUAAAGAUCAUGAAUGCUCUUUCACAUAUGCAUCACAAGGAGGAACCAAUGAGCAAUGGCACAUGAGCGUGGGCCUCAGUGAUGAUGACAGGCUGGUCUCUUGCUCUGUGUGGAGGCCACAAGGGAAGUCCUACCUGUUCUUCACACAGUUUAAGGCGGAGAUCACAGGAUCAAAAAUGGAAUACGCGAGUGCUUAUUCCCAGUCUGCUGUGGGAGGACAAAAGGAUGUGCCUUUGAAGGAGGAAGAGUACAUUGUUGGGGACUCCUCAGUGACACAAAGGGAGGGCAAGUUCCGGGCUGAGCUCUCAAAGGUGACCAUGAUUGCUCGGACCAAACAUGACGAGCUGUGACUACCAAGGAGACAGAAGAUCAACUGAAUGGGCUUUCGUCAGGCGAAAUGAAGAAAGAAUCAGGAAGAUUGCAUUACUGCAGAAACCUUGGUGAUAAAGAAGGGAUGGAACUGUAAAUGUGAAAGAAAGAAAUUGCUCACUGUAUCAGUUGUACUGAAAUGCUACUGCUCUGUACAAUAUUGAAUAGUACAGUUACAUUUUUUUUUUCUAACGAGGCAUUCAUGAAGAAUGAAUGGGGUGGGGGGGGGGGAUUUCUAUGGGGAUAUUAGAUUAAACUAAACCAGGGGUUAAGAAUCUGCUAGGAUGGUCAUGUGCGUCAAUGGUCAGAUUGUAUGUCAAAAGUUAGAUUGUAUCUGAUGAAACAGUGUCUCCAACCAAGGCUGUUCCCGAGAAAAUUAAGAAAUACAUGUUAUCUGGUGUAACAAGAAUCCCAGUAUUUCGCACUGAUCUCCCACAGUGAGUGAAGCAAGCCAUCAGCCGGUAAUUUUGUCAACAAAAAGAUGGCGGAAGCUUGAUGGAACUUACCCAAUCUACUGCAGCAUCGAUCGUCAGGGUGUCCAUUAGUUGUGCAAAAGGUCCUCACCACUGAUUGUGGUGCAUGCUCCUUCAGCAGUACCGUGGGUCUCUCCUGGGGGGUCACAGCACAUCUUUACUUUCAUACUGUCACUACCUUCUUUCCCCCCCCCCAUAAAUGUUGCUAUGAAAUGUAUUGAGCAGCCACUUUUGUAAAAUAAAUCUUUUUUUUUUUUACAGUUGUAA